AUGUGUUUUCAAAUUAAUCUGUUGGCAAUUGGAGUACUGGGAGCAAUACUGUCAGAUUUCAUGUUUUUCAUGUACGCAAUGUACGCUAUGGCUAGGGCAGACAUUUCGAUAGUGCAUCUUAGUGAGCUAGAAAACAUGCUAAACGACUCCACUAAGAAUGAAGAACACUCUGCGGAAUUACGUCACAAGUGGGUACAGUGCAUGCAAGAUCAUCAGCAGUCAACCAGUUUUUUUAGCACAGUUGAAAACAUUUUUGGACUCAUGUGUUUAGCACAGGUUGCAACUGCAACUUUGUCAAUAUGUGACGCAAUGCUUUUAGUGCUUUUGACUGAUUGGUACCCAACAUAUUCCUACCUGUACGUGGUGUUUGUUCAACUAUCAGGGUUCUUUGUGAUUGGACAUUUGGUAGAGCUAAAGAUUGACGCAUUGUACAACAAGAUCAUCUCUAUGCCUUGGUAUAAGCUUCCAGUGAAGGAACAGAAGGAAUUUAGAUAUCUAAUGAGUCGUCAGCAAUGUCCGAUGAUACUGACAGCGUAUGGCUUUCAUCCUAUGAAUUUUGAGUCGUAUAUGAAUGUGCUGAAGGGUCUGUACCAGUUUUUCGUGAUGAUCAUGCAGUAUAUUGGCAGAAACUAA